UUGUUUUGGUUUUGUUUUUGUUUAAAUUCAAAAUGAACCGGUAUUCAAUAAUCGUACUUUUUCUCAAUUUUUGUCUCAUUAGUUCAUUUGCAGCUGAUGAAGAAUUUGCACCAAUCAUUAAUCUUCGCCAUGGCAAAGUUCGUGGAUUGGUUCGUACUAUAGUUGAAGGUGAUCAAAAAACAAAAAUCCAUUUUUAUCAAGGGUUUCGUUAUGGAUAUGCGAAUCGUUUUGAAAAACCAAUGAUGGUAACAUCAUGGCCUGGUGGCAUUUACAAUGCAACAAAAGAAGGCAAUUCAUGUAUACAAUUCGGACAGCCAUUUGUUGAAAAACCAACACAUGAAAGUGAAGAUUGUUUAUUCUUGAAUGUUUAUAAACCCGUUACGAAUGAUAAGAAAUUAUUGCCAGUAAUGGUUUGGAUUUAUGGUGGAGGUUUUCAAGAAGGUUCAAUAUUUUUUUCCAUGUAUGACUCUGCUCAUCUUGCAUCAUAUGGUGAGGUUAUUGUUGUUUCCAUUAACUAUCGUCUAGGACCAUUUGGAUUUUUAUACGGAGGCGACAAUAAUGCUCCAGGAAAUCUCGGUUUUCAUGACCAGCUUCUAGGUUUGAAAUGGAUUCAAGAAAAUAUUGAAAAUUUUGGUGGCGAUCCUAAAAGUGUGACAAUUUUUGGCGAAUCUGCUGGAUCCAUUUCCGUAUCAGCAUUAAUUCAAGCACCAUUAGCUGAAGGUUUAUUUCAUCGAGCUAUAAUGCAAUCUGGUGCAGUAAUAUCAACUUUAUUCGAUAAUAAAGAUGUCGCCUUAAGAAAAACAAUGAAAUUUGCUGUACAGUUGAAUUGUGAUAUACAAGAUAAUGAACAAAUGGUUGCCUGUUUGAAAACAAAAUCUAUCGAAGAGAUCAAAAAAGUUGUAAUGAAUGGUUCCGAUAAUGUAUUGUCUGGAAAGUUAUUCUCUCCAAUGUAUGGUGAUGAAAUUUUACCAAUUAAGGCAAUUCUUUACGAAAAUUAUCAUAACCGUGUUGACUUGAUUUACGGUGCCACUCAUGAUGAAGGAAGUCUUUUUAUUAUAUUAUAUCAUCCAGAAUUGAUGAAUGAUAAAAAUACUUUCACGAUGGAAAAAGUUCAUGAAAUGAUAUCAAGCCUGAUGAGUCAAAUAAAUGCUGAAAAAUCAAAUGAAGUUAUUGAUUAUUACACAAAAACCUUGAAUGCAUCGAAUAUCAAUGAAGUCCGAAAAGUUAUAGGUAGAAUCAUUGGAGAAUCGAUGUUGUUAUGUCCAACAAUGUUAUUUGGCCAAAGAAUGGCUCGUGAUUAUGGAACAUCAAACAAAUUCUAUUCCUAUCGUUUGGAUAAACGAUCAGCUGCUGCUGGUAAAUUUGGAUGUAUAUUCGAAUGGAUGGGUGUAUGUCAUGGACAAGAUGUAGCAUACGUAUUCGAUAAUCCAGCCAUAAAAAGCUCUCCUGAAGAUUUGAAAUUAAGUCAUGAAAUGAUGAAAGCAUGGACUAAUUUUGCUAAAACCGGCAAACCAGAUAAAGUCGGAUCAAUUGAAUGGCAACAAGUAUACGAAAAUGGACAUAAAGACUUGGCAUCAGUCAUGUUGUUAAAUGUUGAAAAUAGAAUGGACAAAGGAACUUUUAAAGAAUUAUGUGGAUUCUGGGAAAAUAUAUAUUCCUAAAAUAUUUGAUUAUUUUUUCCCAAGAUGGCAGUUCAAAAUUUGAAAAUAAAAAUUAUCUGCAUUUGAAAUUCUAA